AAUACGUGCCACGUUGGAGCACUAAACUUGCCUUAUCUUUAAAUGGGCACCAUAUGUGACCAGCUUUAAUAGAGUUAAUUAUUAACGUAAUCUAAUAAGCUAACAAUAUGUCUAACGUGCUUUACAUAUUCCUAUUGGUUGCCCUAGCAGGCAUAUUUGUAAAUUGUGAAGAUGGAGAACUUAAAAUUGAAGUAUUACAUGCAAUCGAGAAAUGUGACAGAAAAACGAAAAAACAUGAUCUUGUGACGAUGCACUAUGCAGGAUUCCUCGAGAAUGGCACACAGUUUGAUAGCAGCAUGGAGAGGAAUCAGCCGUUCCAGUUCCAGUUAGGUAUAGGACAGGUCAUCAAGGGUUGGGAAGAUGGACUCCUCGACAUGUGCCCAGGAGAAAAACGAAAACUUACUAUACCACCAAACCUUGCCUACGGUGAUAAGGGUGCAGGUGAUGCUAUUCCACCAGGCGCCACCUUGGUGUUUGAUGUAGAACUUGUCCACACCGCUGACGGUCCAGUACCACCAAAUGUUUUCAAACAGAUUGAUAAAGAUGAAGAUCAGGUCCUUACUCAUGACGAGGUUUCUGCCUAUUUGAUCGAGCAAGCCAAGGAGCACGGGCAAAAUUCUGAUCCCGAUUCCGAGGAUCAUAAAAACAUCGUUCAGACGAUAUUUGAUCACGAAGAUAAAGACAAAGAUGGAGUUAUCUCCCAUAACGAGUUUAGCGGUCCGAAACAUGAUGAAUUGUAAUAGUGAAAACGUAUAGUGCUUAUUUAAAAUUUAUGUUUUUAGAUAAUUUAUGCCUUUUUAUCUGCAUCAAUCAUCGGCAAAUUCGGCUGCGGAUCUUGUGUAAUUUUUAAUUGUGAAACAUGAUUAAGAAUGUCUUACACAAAAUUAUAAAUGAUUACCUUCCUUCACAUAAAAUAUGUAUUAUACUUUUUUUAUCUGACAACCAAAGAUUUUUGUCUCGAAAACUAAGGCAUCUUAAUAUAAACAUGUAAAGAGUUGCAUGCAGCUUCGAAAGAUUGCUCGAAGAUUCGAAGAUAAUGAAUUCAUUACUUUAAGUCUGACGAAACACUGUCUGCUUUUACUCGUUUCUUCUUCAUUUCAAAAUAAAGUUUUGCUGUUUCAUGAACGAUUUUAUGAUUAUAACUAUAUGUAAAAUAAAUUAUUUCUGUAAAUAGUUUUCGUUGAUAUUUAAACGUGCAAAUGUAUGCUCAAAAACUGUAUUGUCAAAAUUUGUUUAUCAAUUUACUGUAAAUCAAAAGCUAUUGCACAACUAGGGAAUUUUUUUCGAGUUUGACAGUACCAGCAAUAAAUAAUAUUGUCAUUUUUUGACAAGCCAUUAAAAUAAAUGAUAAAUCAAAUAGUGUCGUAAAUGCAACAAAACAUUUGAGUCAAAUGACAUCACCGCUUUGAUGAUAAAGAAGAUAUGCAAUGUCUUAUAUAAUAAAACAAUCAAAAGUGUCCGGCGUCAGUGUUUCAUGAAGUGUUUUUGUUUCUUUCAAUCACACGGUGGUCAAUGGUCACACCCCUCUGUUCAAGCAAUCUUCAAUAGAUCGCAUAGAAUAACCACAUAUAUGCUGGAAAAAUUGUCGUCUGCUCAUUUUUUUUAUUUCUUUCUUUUUAAUUUUCAUCGAUUUUUUUUUUGAAAUAAAGAUAAUGUCAACUCUCAAACAGCUUGGUACUUGCCUGAGGUUGUGGUUCUUGGCGGGUAUAUUGUUGGCGUGUAUUUUAAAGAUUCUUGGUGUUAGUACAAUUAAGGAUCGCACUCAGUCGGCUAAUUGAUAAAACAUUGCCAUAAAUGAAUGAUUGUGUUAUGCUUGUUUUGUACAGUUAUUUUAUAUAUGUUUUUUUGUAUUUUGUUCCAAGUGCGAGUGUGAAACCUAGUCAAUUACACAAACAUUAGAAACUUGUGUAUGUACAAAUUUGUCACAUUGAUAAUAUUACACAUUGAUAGUAAACAGAUAUUUUCGAAAUAAAAAUAACUCCAUUGAAAUGUG